CUUAAAUACAAGCCCACGAGGAAGCUGAGCUGGUCUGUAAUGAUAGGGCAGCAGCAGCAGCAGCGGCAGCGGCAGCAACGUUGGUAGAAGGAGGAGGUGGAGAACUGAGAGCGCCAUGAAUACACAGGUGUUUCUAAGUAGUAAUUAGAUAGCUGUGAAGGAUAAAAUAUACCUUUGAGUUUUUACCUGUGAAUGCAAUAGCGCUGAGGGAGGCAGUCUGAAAAGCAAAGAGGAAGACAUCGAUCAGUCACUCCAAGAGACACCAAAGUUGAAAGUUUGGGUUUUUUUUUUUCUCCCCUCUCUGUUUUAUUUUCCCCUGUGUGUCACUACUAUGGUCAGAAAGCCUGUCGUAUCCACCAUCUCCAAAGGAGGUUACCUGCAGGGAAAUGUUAACGGGAGGCUGCCUUCCGUGGGCAGCAAAGAGCCACCGGGACAGGAGAAAGUGGUGCUUAAGAAGAAAAUCACUUUGCUGAGGGGAAUCUCCAUCAUCAUUGGCACCAUCAUUGGAGCAGGAAUCUUCAUCUCUCCUAAGGGCGUGCUCCAGAACACGGGCAGCGUGGGCAUGUCUCUCAUCGUCUGGACGGUCUGUGGGGUCCUGUCGCUGUUUGGAGCUUUGUCUUAUGCUGAAUUGGGAACAAGUAUAAAGAAAUCUGGUGGUCAUUACACAUAUAUUCUGGAAGUCUUUGGUCCAUUGCCAGCUUUUGUACGAGUCUGGGUGGAACUGCUCAUAAUACGCCCUGCAGCUACUGCUGUGAUAUCCCUGGCAUUUGGACGCUACAUUCUGGAACCAUUUUUCAUUCAAUGUGAAAUUCCUGAACUUGCAAUCAAGCUCAUUACAGCUGUGGGCAUAACUACGGUGAUGGUCCUAAAUAGCAUGAGUGUCAGCUGGAGUGCCCGGAUCCAGAUUCUCCUAACCUUUUGCAAGCUCACAGCAAUUCUGAUAAUUAUAGUCCCUGGAGUUAUGCAGCUAAUUAAAGGUCAAACACAGCACUUUAAAGAUGCCUUUUCAGGAAGAGAUGCUAGUAUUAUGGGGUUACCCCUAGCUUUUUAUUAUGGAAUGUAUGCAUAUGCUGGCUGGUUUUACCUCAAUUUUGUUACUGAAGAAGUGGAAAACCCUGAAAAAAACAUCCCCCUUGCAAUAUGUAUAUCCAUGGCCAUCGUCACCAUAGGCUAUGUGCUGACAAAUGUGGCCUACUUUACCACCAUUAGCGCUGAGGAGCUGUUGCUUUCAAAUGCAGUGGCAGUGACCUUUUCUGAGCGGCUACUGGGAAAUUUCUCAUUAGCAGUUCCGAUCUUUGUUGCCCUCUCCUGCUUUGGCUCCAUGAAUGGUGGUGUGUUUGCUGUCUCCAGGUUAUUCUAUGUUGCGUCUCGAGAGGGUCACCUUCCAGAAAUCCUCUCCAUGAUUCAUGUCCGCAAGCACACUCCUCUUCCAGCUGUUAUUGUUUUGCAUCCUUUGACAAUGAUAAUGCUCUUCUCUGGAGACCUGGAUAGUCUUUUGAAUUUCCUCAGUUUUGCCAGGUGGCUUUUUAUUGGGCUGGCAGUUGCUGGCCUGAUUUAUCUUCGAUACAAACGCCCAGAUAUGCAUCGUCCUUUCAAGGUACCACUGUUCAUCCCAGCUUUGUUUUCCUUCACUUGUCUCUUCAUGGUUGCCCUGUCUCUUUAUUCGGACCCAUUCAGUACAGGGAUUGGCUUUGUCAUCACUCUGACUGGAGUGCCUGCAUACUAUCUCUUUAUCAUAUGGGACAAGAAGCCCAAGUGGUUUAGAAGAAUGUCAGACAGAAUAACCAGAACAUUACAGAUAAUACUUGAAGUAGUACCAGAAGAAGAUUGUCAUAAUUUAUGAACUAAGGAAUUUGAAAUCUUGGCCAUCUGCCCAAGGGCAGCGACACAAUAUGGAUCUUUCCUUCAUUUUCUGAAAAUCCAGAGAAUCGCAACUUUGGUGA